AUGGCCAAUCUCAAAUGCAUACUCACAACUCUUUUCUUUGUCUUCCUCAUGACAAUCUCUCACACUUCUUCUUCUUCAUCACAUUCUUCCAAUAACAACAACCAAGAGAUCCAAUCUCAAAGCCCUUCCUCAACAAUCCCUUCUACAAUAUCAAACUACCACCAAGUGUUCUACCUCAAGAACACCGACAGCACUCCAAUGUUUUUGAGAAAACAAGAACGUGUCAAGAACAGGAGAAUGAACAGAAAUAAGAACAUGAAACAGAGGAAACAGAGAAAACAGAGGAAGAAAAUGGUCAAGAACAUGAUGCAGUCGUCACGACCUUUUUCUGUUAUGCUUCCAAAGGGUUUUGUUCCUCCUUCAGGUUCUUCACCUUGUCAUAAUAAUCAACCCAAUUCGGUGUCGUUUCACUGCCAUCUCACUAAUACAGAACCUUGA